CACACAGGAACACAGAACGGACUGAGUGGAUUCGGUAGACGUGUCAGCUAAGGAAGUGAAGCUGCAGAAACAUUUAACAGUCCCGCAAAACCCCUUUCUAACAGGGGAUGAUUUUAGGAUUUAAAUUCACGUAAAUUGACCUUCAUCUUUAAACGUAAUACAUUCCUAUUCAGUUUUUUAUUGUCAGUGAAAAUGUUGACCAAAUUUGAGACAAAGUCGGCCCGAGUGAAAGGACUAAGUUUUCACCCUAAAAGGCCCUGGAUUCUUGCCAGUCUGCACAAUGGAGUCAUCCAGCUGUGGGACUAUCGCAUGUGUACCCUCAUCGACAAGUUUGACGAGCAUGAUGGUCCAGUCAGAGGUAUUGACUUUCACAAGCAGCAGCCUCUGUUUGUGUCAGGAGGCGAUGACUACAAGAUCAAGGUCUGGAACUAUAAACUGCGUCGGUGUCUUUUCACUCUUCUGGGACAUCUUGAUUACAUUCGCACCACCUUCUUCCACCAUGAGUAUCCCUGGAUCCUUAGUGCAUCUGAUGAUCAGACCAUCCGCAUUUGGAACUGGCAGUCCAGAACAUGUGUCUGUGUGCUGACUGGCCAUAAUCACUAUGUGAUGUGUGCUCAGUUUCAUCCCUCUGAGGACCUGGUGGUGUCAGCCAGCCUGGAUCAGACUGUGCGCGUGUGGGAUAUUUCUGGUCUGAGGAAGAAGAAUUUGUCUCCGGGUGCUGUGGAUGCGGAGGUGCGCGGCAUCUCUGGUGUCGAUCUGUUCGGGGCAUCUGAUGCCGUGGUGAAACACGUUCUGGAGGGUCAUGAUCGAGGGGUAAACUGGGCGGCUUUCCAUCCCAGCAUGCCUCUUAUUGUAUCAGGGGCAGAUGACCGUCAGGUGAAGAUCUGGAGAAUGAACGAGUCAAAAGCAUGGGAGUUGGACACCUGUAGGGGGCACUACAACAACGUGUCCUGUGCAGUGUUUCACCCUCGCCAGGAGCUCAUCCUGUCCAACUCUGAGGACAAGAGCAUCCGUGUGUGGGACAUGUCUAAGAGAACCGGAGUCCAGACCUUUCGCAGAGACCACGACCGUUUCUGGGUGCUGGGAGCUCACCCCAACCUCAACCUGUUUGCUGCUGGUCAUGACAGUGGGAUGCUGGUGUUUAAGCUGGAGAGGGAGCGUCCAGCCUACGCCGUGUACGGUAACAUGCUGUACUACGUAAAGGACCGUUUCUUGCGUCAGCUGGAUUUCAACAGCAGUAAGGACACAGCUGUGAUGCAGCUGCGCAGCGGUUCAAAAUUCCCAGUGUUCAGUAUGUCUUACAACCCUGCUGAGAAUGCUGUGUUAUUGUGCACUAGAGCCACUAACCUGGAAAACAGCACUUAUGACUUGUACUCCAUCCCAAGAGAGAGUGACUCCCAGAAUCCUGAUGCUCCUGAGGGUAAACGCUCCUCUGGCCUGACUGCAGUGUGGGUGGCCAGGAACCGGUUUGCCGUGCUCGAUCGUAUGCACUCGCUGCUGAUAAAGAAUUUGAAGAAUGAGAUCGUGAAGAAGGUGCAGGUGCCGAGCUGCGAGGAGAUCUUCUACGCUGGAACAGGAUCUCUGUUGCUGCGGGACGCUGACGGAGUCACACUCUUUGACGUGCAGCAGAAGCGCUCCCUCGCCACCGUCAAAAUCGCUAAGGUCAAAUAUGUGGUGUGGAGCGCCGAUGCCAACCACGUGGCUCUGCUGGCCAAACACGCCAUCAUGAUCUGCAACAAGAAGUUGGACAGCCUGUGUAACAUCCACGAGAACAUCCGAGUGAAGAGCGGUGCCUGGGCUGAGAAUGAUGUCUUCAUCUACACCACUUCCAACCAUAUCAAAUAUGCUCUCACCUCAGGUGAUCACGGUAUAAUCCGUACCUUGGACCUGCCCAUCUACGUGACAAGAGUCAGAGGCAACAGUGUGUACUGUCUGGAUCGUGAAUGCAGGCCACGAGUGCUCAACAUUGACCCCACAGAGUAUCGUUUUAAACUGGCUCUGGUCAAUCGCAAAUACGAAGAGGUUCUUCAUAUGGUGCGCAAUGCUAAACUGGUAGGCCAGUCCAUCAUUGCCUAUCUGCAGAAGAAGGGUUACCCAGAGGUUGCGCUGCACUUCGUCAAGGACGAGAAGACUCGCUUUAGCCUGGCACUGGAGUGUGGAAACAUUGAGGUGGCGCUGGAGGCUGCAAAAGCCCUGGACGAACGUAGCUGCUGGGAGCGUCUCGGCGAAGCUGCUCUUCUCCAGGGUCAUCACCAGGUGGUGGAGAUGUGCUACCAGCGAACCAAGAAUUUCGACAAGCUCACGUUCCUGUACCUCAUCACGGGCAACCUGACCAAGCUCAGGAAGAUGAUGAAGAUAGCUGAGAUUAGAAAAGACAUGAGCGGACACUAUCAGGGUGCUCUUUACCUGGGUGAUGUCAGCGAGCGUGUGCGAAUCCUGAAGAACUGUGGACAGAAGUCUUUGGCUUACCUGACUGCUGCCACUCAUGGGAUGGACGAAGAAGCAGAGGCCCUCAAAGAGACCUUUGAUCUGGAAAAAGAAGUGGUGCCUGAAGUCGACCCCAAUGCUCAGCUGUUGCAGCCACCACCUCCCAUCAACCCCUUGGACACCAACUGGCCUCUGCUCACUGUUUCUAAGGGCUUCUUUGAGGGAGCCAUUGGUGCCAAAGGUAAAGCAGGACAGAUGGUUGCUGAUCUUGACAUGGAUACCGCAGGAGCAGAAGGAUGGGGAGAAGAUGCAGAACUUCAUCUGGAUGAAGAUGGAUUCAUGGAUGCUCAGGAAGGUUUGGGAGACGAGGGAACUAUCGGGAAGGAUGAAGGCGGAGGCUGGGAUGUUGAGGAAGAUCUGGACCUUCCACCAGAACUUGAUGUGCCCUCUGUUGGAGGAGGUGGGGCCGAAGGGGAAGGUUUCUUUGUACCGCCCACCAAGGGCACAAGCCCCACCCAGACUUGGUGCAACAACUCUCAGCUGGCUGUGGAUCACAUCUUGGCCGGCUCCUUCGAGACAGCUAUGAGGUUGCUACACGAUCAGGUCGGUGUGGUUCAGUUUGGGCCCUAUAAGCAGAUUUUCAUGCAGACCCUGUCCCGCGGUCACACCUGUUACCUGGGUCUUCCAUCUCUGCCCUGCUUGCACAGUUACCCGCAAAGGAACUGGAAGGACAGCGGUGCUAAAGGAGGCCUGCCAGCGGUGGGCUUGCGUCUGUCUGACCUCAUUUCGCGCCUGCAGCAGUGCUACCAGUUGACCACGGCCGGGCGCUUCGAGGAUGCCGUUGAGCGCUUCAGGGCCAUCCUGCUGUCAGUUCCACUGCUCGUGGUUGACAACAAACAAGAGAUUGCAGAGGCCCAGCAGCUGAUCACUAUCUGUAAAGAGUACAUCAUCGGCCUCAGUAUGGAGACGGAGAGGAAGAAACUUCCUAAAGACUCUCUAGAUGACCAAAAGCGACUGUGUGAGAUGGCAGCAUACUUCACACACUGCAGUCUCCAGCCUGUCCAUAUGGUGUUGGUGUUGAGAACAGCUCUCAAUCUUUUCUUCAAACUCCGUAACUUCAAAACAGCAGCUGGAUUCGCUCGCCGUCUCCUUGAGCUCGGCCCCAAACCAGAAGUUGCACAACAGACACGAAAGAUUCUUGCAGCUUGUGAGAAGAGCCUGACAGAUGCACACCAACUGAACUACGACCCCCACAAUCCCUUUGACAUCUGCGCAGCAUCAUACACUCCCCUGUACCGUGGGCGGCCCGUAGAGAAGUGUCCUCUGUCUGGAGCUUGCUACUGCCCGAAAUACAAAGGAGAGGUCUGCAGGGUCACACAGGUUACCCAGAUCGGUAAAGAUGUCAUUGGAUUGCGCGUCAGCCCGUUACAGUUCCGUUGAACGAUUGACGUCAACAUCAAUGGAAACGGAUGAGGAUGUCUUUCUCGUGAUUUUCUUUAAGAUAAUGUAACAAAAACUAAUGUGUGAUCAGAGCAAAAGGAAGUUAGAAAAAAAUCCCUUAUGUAUAAUGACUUGUCUGUGACUUGCUUUGCAUUAUUAUAUAUAUGAAGUCUCUGUAUCUUUAUGCUCGCCUAACGGAAGGGUUUCUCUUUCUUCAGUAUGAGUAACUAACUGUACAUCUAUAACCCUGUCUCAAGUGCAUUCAUGCAUUAUAAGCAUGCAACACACACUUUUCUUUCCUGUUCUCUUAUGGAAAUAAAAUUCUGGAAACAAA